AUGUCGCCGCAGCAGCUCACGCAACAGCAGCAGGUUGCGCUCGAGCGGCUGGACAUCAUCUCGAGGGAGCUUCGAUCUAGAACUUCCGACGAUGUCCGCCGACGCGCCGCGGCCCAGCUUAGGGAGCUGGUAGCCGUGUGCCAUCGAGAUCUCUCACCCGACCAUUUCCAUGCCUUCUAUACCACCGUCAAUAACCGAAUCACGCAACUCAUCACCCACGGUAGCGACUCGUCCGAGAGACUGGGUGGCAUCUAUGCCCUCGACGCUCUCAUCGACUUUGAAGGCGUCGAUGCCUCUUUAAAAUAUACGAGGUUCACCCAGAACCUCAAGACUAUCCUCCGCGGAAAGGACAUCACCCCCAUGCAAGCAGCUGCCGCGGCCCUCGGUAAAUUAUGUCGACCCGGCGGCUCCCUCACGUCCGAACUCGUCGAGUCCGAAGUGAAGACGGCCCUCGAGUGGCUACAGUCUGAACGUAUUGAGGAGCGUCGAUACAGCGCUGUCCUGGAGCUGCGGGAGCUUGCGCGGAAUGCGCCUACUUUGAUGUACGGCUAUGUCGGCCUCAUCUUCGAUCUUAUCUGGGUCGGUCUGCGCGACCAGCGCCAGCUCAUCCGCACCACCGCCGCUGAGACAGUUAGCGCCUGUUUUAGAAUCAUCCGAGAGCGAGAUCAGGAGCUCAAGCAGACUUGGAUGAAUAAGAUGUACACGGAGAUGAACCAAGGCCUCAAGGUAAACACUGUGGAGUCUAUCCACGGUUCGCUCCUCGUUCUCAAGGAACUUCUCGAGCAAGGUGGCAUGUAUAUGCAGGGCCAAUAUGAUGACGCAUGCGAAAUUGUUUUCAAGCACAAGGAGCAUCGCGAUCCUACUAUUCGAAAAACCAUAGUCUUGCUGAUUCCUGACUUGGCGAGCUACGACCCAACCGCUUUUACUAGCCGAUACCUCCACCAGUUCAUGCUCUACCUAACGGGCAUGCUUAAGCGUGACAAGGAUCGCAACGAUGCCUUCCUUGCGAUUGGUAACAUCGCAAACUCGGUAAAGAGCGCCAUCGCACCCUAUCUAGACGGUGUCAUUAUCUACGUCUGCGAAGGUCUUAGCCUUUCCUCUCGAAAGAGGGGGUCCGUUGAUCCUGUCUUUGACUGUAUUAGCCGUCUGGCCGUAGCCGUGGGCCAGACGCUGAGCAAAUACAUGGAGGCGCUGCUUGACCCAAUCUUCGCCUGCGAGCUCACGCCAAAACUGACCCAAGCCCUCGUCGACAUCGCUUUCUAUAUCCCGCCUGUCAAAGCCACCAUCCAAGAGAGACUCUUGGACAUGCUGAGUAUCGUGCUCUGUGGCGAGCCAUUUAAGCCUCUCGGCGCGCCUCAGCCCAACACCCUCAACUCCUUACCCGUUGUCGCCAAGGAUUCCAAAGACCCUCAGGCUUACGAGCACCGCAAGGCAGAGAUUAAGCUUGCGCUUAACACUCUAGGAAGCUUUGACUUUUCAGGUACAGAUGCCCUACUCCCCUCAGCGAGCCGGUUAGCAAGCCGUCCGUCACAAAGGCUCUUGGAGGCCCAAUCACGAGCCUCGAAUCCGGGCUCCGACACUCAAAGCCAUAAGUAUGGCUUCUCGCCGUUCUCUUCAGUGAAGAGGAAGACGACGCAGUUGGCUGAGCUCGCGCCUUCGUUGAGCUCCCGCUUGUCUGCCCUCAUCCGAUUGCCACCUCAAAUUCUUGCCCGCAAAGGAGCUGUGACUACUGCAGUUCCGGGUUUCCUGCCAUCCCGCCCAAUUGUCAAGGGCAAGCUAACGGAAGACCAAGGCCACGUGCUCAACGAGUUUGUCCGGGACGUCGCGAUCAAGUACGUCGACGACGAUGACACCGAAAUUCGAGAAGCCGCUGCCCUGACGUGCUGUCAGCUUUACGUCGAAGACAUCAUCGUCAGCCAGACGAGCCAGCACGCGCUGCAAGUUGUAGGUGAGGUGAUUGGGAGGCUACUUACGGUGGGAAUCUCAGACCCCGAACCCACCAUUCGACGAACGGUUCUCGCCGCCCUCGACGAACGCUUCGAUCGACAUCUGGCCAAGGCGGAGAAUAUUAGGAUCCUUCUUCUCGCCUUAAACGAUGAGGUCUUUGCUAUCCGCGAGGUGGCCAUCUCAAUUAUUGGUCGUCUUGCCAAGUAUAACCCGGCUUACAUUGUUCCGUCGUUGCGGAAGAACCUCCUCCAGAUGCUUACUGAGCUCGAGUUUUCUGACGUUGCGCGAAACAAGGAGGAAAGCGCAAGGCUGCUGAGCCUACUAAUCCAAAAUGCCCAGGGUUUGAUCCGGCCCUACGUUCAGCCUAUGAUUGCUGUCCUUCUUCCAAAAGCCAACGAUCCCACCGCAUCCGUUGCGGCGACCAUUCUGAACGCGAUCGGCGAGUUGGCCGCUGUUGGAGGCGAAGAUAUUCUCCCCUACAAGGACCAGUUGAUGCCCCUCAUCAUCGCCGCCCUUCAAGACCAGAGCUCGAAUGCGAAACGCGAAGCUGCCCUCCACGCCCUCGGCCAACUUGCCAGCAACUCGGGAUACGUCAUCCAGCCCUACCUCGAAUAUCCUCAGCUUCUGGAGUUGCUGCAGGGUAUUAUCCGAUCCGAAGGCCACCGCGGACCCCUAAGACAGGAAACCAUCAAGCUCAUGGGUAUCCUCGGCGCCUUGGACCCGUACAAGCACCAGCAAGUCGAAGAGCGCACGCCGGAAAUGCAGCGCCGGGUUGAAGCGACACAGAUGACGGACAUUUCGCUCAUGAUGACGGGUCUUAUGCCUUCUAACAAGGAGUACUUUUCUACAGUGGUGAUCAAUGGUCUACUUCAGAUUUUGAACGAUCCCUCCCUCGUGCAGCACCACGCCGCCGUCAUUGAGGCGAUCAUGAACAUCUUCCGAACUCUAGGCCUCGAGUGUGUGCAGUUCCUUGAUCGAAUCAUCCCCGCCUUCCUCCACGUUAUUCGCUCGUCCGCCGCCCAACGGCUCGAGUCGUACUUUAACCAGCUGGCAACUUUGGUCAGCAUUGUUCGUCAGCAUAUCCGCAAUUACCUCCCGGAUAUCAUCGAGAUCCUCGAGGAAUACUGGAACACAUCCUCCUCCCUCCAAACCACGAUUCUCCAGCUCAUCGAAGCUAUCUCGAGGUCCCUGGAGGGCGAGUUCAAGGUUUAUCUUGCUGGCCUUUUGCCUCUCAUGCUCGGUGCCCUCGAGAGAGAUGUCACGGCGAAGCGAAUCCCCUCUGAGAGGGUUCUUCACGCCUUCCUUGUCUUUGGCUCUAGCAGCGAGGAGUACAUGCACCUGAUCAUCCCCGUCAUUGUCCGGACUUUUGAGAAGCAAGGUCAACCAAUCUACAUCCGUAAGCUCGCCAUCGAGACGAUUGGUAAGCUUUCUCGGGAAGUCAACCUCAACGAUUUUGCUUCGAGAAUCAUCCACCCCCUCACAAGAGUCUUGACCAUGGGUGAGAGUUCGCUGAGGAUUGCUGCUCUCGAUACACUGUGUGCCCUUAUCCAACAGCUUGGCAAAGAAUACACUCCUUUCAUGAGCUCCGUCAACAAGAUCCUAGCAAGUAGCCAAAUCCAGCAUCAAAACUACGAGCUUCUGGUUAGCAAGCUGCAAAAGGGAGAACCUCUACCCCAGCAUUUGAGCUCUGAACGACUGGAAAACCAGGUUGACGAGCCCAUGUUUGGCGACCUCGCGUCGAAGAAGCUGGAGAUGAACCCUGUCCACCUCAAGGCUGCUUGGGAUACGAAGGGCAAAUCCACCAAGGAGGAUUGGCAAGAGUGGCUGCGCAGAUUCAGCACCACCCUUCUCAGCGAAUCGCCCAACCACGCCCUGAGGGCUUGCGCCAGCCUCGCCAGCCUCUACGAGCAGUUCCAGGACGAGCUGAUUCAAAAUAUCGAGAGUGCAAUCAAGUCUGAAAACGUGCCCCCGGAUCUUCUGGCCCUUCUUCUCAAUCUCGCGGAGUUUAUGGAACACGACGAUAAGGCGCUCCCCAUCGACAUCCGUGUCCUCGGUCGCGAAGCCGCCCGCUGCCACGCCUACGCUAAGGCACUCCAUUACAAGGAGCUGGAGUUCUUGCAGGAUCAGAGUAGCGGCGCCGUCGAGGCACUCAUCGUCAUCAACAACCAACUCCAGCAGUCUGAUGCCGCUAUCGGUAUUCUCCGCCGCGCCCAACUCUAUAAGGACGGCAUCACGCUGCGGGAGACGUGGUUCGAAAAGCUGGAAAGGUGGGAGGAAGCACUUGCCUUUUACGACAAGAGACUAGAAGAUGCGGAGAACAACCGUGAAGCUGUACCCGUCGAAGUGAUCAUGGGCAAGAUGCGCUGCGUCCUCCUCCGACCUCAGGCGACUGAUCGCACCCUCGCCACUGCCGCAGCAUGGGGCCUGGGCAAGUGGGAUUCGAUGGACAAGUACCUGCAGUCUAUGCGACGCUCAUCUCCUGACCGUUCCUUCUUCAGCGCCAUCCUGGCCCUUCACCGCAACCAAUUCCCUGAGGCGCUCAGCUGUGUCCAGCAUGCCCGCGAGGGCCUCGACACGGAGCUGAGCGCGCUCGUCAGCGAAUCAUACAACCGGGCCUACCAGGUUGUCGUGCGUGUCCAGAUGUUGGCGGAACUGGAGGAACUUAUAGUAUACAAGCAGUGCGAUGAGCGCAAGCAGGCAACCAUGCGGCGUACGUGGGAGGCAAGACUUAAGGGCUGCCAGCGCAACGUCGAGGUUUGGCACCGCAUGCUGCGACUGCGAGCUCUGGUUAUCUCACCCGGUGAGAACAUGCACAUGUGGAUCAAGUUUGCGAACCUUUGCCGCAAGUCUGGUCGGAUGGGCCUCGCAGAUAAAUCGCUCAAGCAGCUCGUCGGCAUCGAUGGCUCGUUGGAGACGGUACUUCCAUAUUGGGGCGACCGACAGCAGCCGGUUCAUAAUCGGAAUAUUCCUGCGCAGGUCAUCUACGGCAUUCUCAAGUACCAGUGGGAUCUCGGUAUCCAGUCGGGCGGUUUUAAGAACAACGACCUGCCACCCAUGGCGUUAUACUCGCUCCGAAAGUUCACGCACGAUACGGCUGCUAGGUUGGAGCACAUCAAAGAUCAGCUCACCGCACAAGUGCCCAACGGCUUCGAGAUCUCGAGCGACUUCAACUUCCAACACCCCCUGGACCCCGCGGUCCUCAGUCCGCAGACGCACAAGGCGCUGCAGGACCAGACUAUCCUCCUUGCCAAGUGCUAUCUACGCCAGGGAGAGUGGAUUCGGGCCCUCCAUCGCGAUACGUGGCACCACCACCAGGUCCAGGAAGUAUUGUCCGCGUACUCAGCGGCCACCAAGUACAACCCUCGCUGGUACAAGGCCUGGCACGGCUGGGCUCUUGCCAACUUUGAGAUUGUCAACCAAAUCACCUCGCGAGCCGAUCGCGAGCAUGUUAGCGUGGAUCCCGCUGUUAUUCUCGACUAUGUCGUCCCCGCCAUUCGCGGCUUCUUCAAGUCGAUUGCUCUCUCUGCGGGCAGCUCCCUGCAGGAUACCCUGCGUCUGCUGACCCUCUGGUUCACUCAUGGUGGCAGUACGGAUGUGAACAAUGCCGUGACCGAAGGAUUUACCAACAUCAGCGUCGACACGUGGCUGGAGGUAAUUCCCCAGCUCAUCGCCCGCAUCAAUCAACCCAACAGGCGUGUGCAGCAGUCGGUCCACAAUUUGCUCGCCGACGUAGGUCGCGCGCAUCCCCAGGCGCUGGUGUAUCCUCUCACCGUUGCGAUGAAGUCGGCGCAAAGCUCAGUGCGCUCUAAGUCGGCGGCCCAGAUCAUGGACAGCAUGAGGCAGCAUAGCGCCAACCUCGUGACGCAGGCCGAAAUUGUCAGCCAAGAACUGAUCAGGGUUGCCGUGUUGUGGCACGAAUUAUGGCACGAGGCUCUCGAGGAGGCGUCUCGGCUCUACUUUGGCGACCACAACAUCGAGGGCAUGUUUGCGGUCCUUGGUCCGCUCCACGAUCUUUUAGAACGCGGCCCCGAAACUCUGCGGGAGAUUUCCUUCGUUCAGGCCUUUGGCCGCGACUUGACCGAGGCACGGGAGUGGUGCCGUCAGUACCAGUCAACGCGUGACGUUAAUGACCUGAAUCAAGCAUGGGAUCUCUACUACCAGGUGUUCAGGCGAAUCUCGAGGCAACUGCCCCAGGUGACGACUCUGGAGCUCACCUACUGCUCGCCUAAGCUGCUUGCUGCCAAGGAUCUUGACCUCGCGGUCCCCGGAACAUACCGCAGCGGUGCGCCCGUGGUCCGGAUCCAAGGCUUCGACUCGACCUUUACCGUCAUCAACUCCAAGCAGAGGCCCCGCAAGCUCAACAUCAGCGGCAGCGACGGUAUUUCGUACGCAUUCCUGCUCAAGGGUCAUGAAGAUAUCCGCCAGGACGAAAGAGUCAUGCAGCUGUUUGGUCUGUGCAACACGCUCCUCGCCAACGACUCCGAGUGCUACAAGCGCCACCUCAACAUCCAGCGCUACCCCGCAAUCCCGCUUUCCCAGAACUCGGGUCUCCUGGGCUGGGUGCCCAACAGCGAUACUUUGCACGUCCUGAUCCGCGAAUACCGCGAGAGCCGCAAGAUCCUCCUCAAUAUAGAACACCGCAUCAUGUUGCAGAUGGCGCCCGACUAUGAUAACCUGACGCUGAUGCAAAAGGUGGAGGUAUUUGGCUACGCACUGGACAACACUACUGGGCAGGACUUGUACCGCGUCCUCUGGCUCAAGAGCAAGAGCUCCGAGGCGUGGCUCGAGCGCCGUACCAACUACACGCGCUCCCUCGGCGUCAUGUCCAUGGUGGGCUACAUUCUCGGUCUUGGAGAUCGCCACCCGUCUAACCUCAUGCUUGACCGCAUCACGGGCAAGAUUAUCCACAUCGACUUUGGUGACUGUUUCGAGGUUGCCAUGAAGCGAGAGAAGUACCCAGAGAGGGUGCCUUUCCGUCUCACGCGUAUGCUCACAUAUGCCAUGGAAGUCAGCAAUAUCGAAGGUAGCUUCAGGAUCACCUGCGAGCACGUUAUGAGGGUUCUUCGAGACAAUAAGGAGAGUGUCAUGGCUGUCCUGGAAGCUUUUAUUCACGAUCCUCUCCUAACCUGGCGACUUACCAACGUGCAAAGCCCGGCAGCGCCCUUCCAGUCUGAGCGCGAAGCCGCGCUUGCGGGCCCCCACGGUGGCCGCAACCGACGACCCUCGGUCCUGGACGGACGUCCUCAGGAUCUCAUGGCUGCGCAAGCGGGCAUGGAUGGGAUGCCCACUGGUCCGAUGCCUAGUGCUCGCGCUCGUGCCAGGACCAACUCUUCAGUGGCAGCGCGUGAUGGACCGGCAGCGGUCAAUGGAAAUGGUAAUGGCCACGGCCAUACAGACGUGGUCGAAGUACAGAACGCGCGCGCUCUCGAGGUGUUGGACCGCGUCCAGCAGAAGCUAACGGGGCGUGACUUCAAGAACGUUGAGGAGCUUGAUGUUGUGAACCAAGUUAGCAAGUUGAUUGUCGAGGCGACCAAGCUGGAGAACCUGUGUCAACAUUACAUUGGUUGGUGUAGUUUCUGGUAG